AUGCUCUCAUCGAUCAUCACCUUCCGCAUCAUCGGCCUAGCCACUCUUGUGCGGGCUCAUAUGCAACUAUAUAACCCACCACCCUUCGGGGCUGCCAACAACCCGCACGUAACCACUCCACCGGACCCCUACCUCGACUAUCCCUAUAACUGCUGCGGCCGCAGCACUCCCUUCCCCUGCAAGGGCUAUCUCGAUCACUUGGACACCCCACAAGGCCAGCCCGUUGCAUCCUGGCCAGCGGGAUCCGUGCAAAACUUCAGUCUCACAGGCUCAGGGAACCACUACGGCGGCUCAUGCCAGGUAGGAUUCAGCACCGACAAGGGCGCGACGUGGAAAGUAGUGAAGAGUUUGGAAGGCAAUUGCCCGCACCGGCAUGGCGGGACGGACCCGACGAAGCAGACGUUUGACUUUAGAGUUCCCGGGGAUACGCCUGUUGGCGUGCAGGUGUUCGCGUGGACAUGGAUUAACCGGGAGCGGGAAUUUAAUAUGCUUUGUGCAGCUGUGGAGAUUACCGGGGCGGCGGGGGAACAGCCGGCUGUUGCGACGGUGCGUUCAGACUGGGGGAAUAGUAACGAGCACAGCCGUCGGGAUGCAGGCGAAUGUGUAUGCACAUGUGGCGGCGGUUGUGCAUCUGGCAAUUCUACCGCCAACAGCAGCGCCAACAAUAGUAGCACAGCAACCGGACCGGAAACAGUGUCUUUUAACGAACGCCCGAGCUUCCUGUUCGCGAAUCUAGAUAACGGGUGCCAGACGCCCGAGACGGAUUUCGAGCUCAAGUAUCCGAAUCCCGGACCCGAUGUGGCGGAAGGUGACGGUGAGUAUGAGCUGAAGUUGCCAGAGCCGGUGGAUAAGUGUUAA